UUAUGCAAUUAUUGGACUCGAGUAAGCCAUAUAUAAGCAUGGCAAUGGACUGUGGUGAGUAUACAGACAGCAAGUGUCAGACUAAGUGUAGCUAAUCAGUCCAGCCAAUUACGCAAGAUGUACGCGAAACUCGCUCUCUUCACCCUCUUAGUCGCCGUGGCCGUGGCAGUGCCGACACCGGGAGGCUUCGGUGGACACAAGCACGUGACCAUCCACGUACCGUACAAAGUGCGCACCAUCCACCAUCACCACGUCUCCAAAGUACCGGUGCCAAUCCACGUGCCAGUGGUAAAGGAAGUGCCUGUGAUCAAGGAAGUGCCCAUCUACAAGCACGUACCAGUCCCCGUGAUCCAGCACGUACCAUACCCGGUGAUCAAGAAGGAAUACAUAGAGAAGGAGGUGAUUGUGCCUGUCCAUCAUCAUGAAGAGCACAUCUCCCACGGAUGGGAGGGCGAGUCGUUGUCGCAUGGCUGGAACUGAAAUCGUCUCUGUUAAUUAAGGAAUUAGUCUAAGAUAAUAUUAAGAACCCUCAAAUCAUCAUUGUAAAUACAAACAGUAUUACUUAUAUACAGAAAUGUGAAUGUAUGUGGAUUAUGAAGCCGUAUUCUCCUUCAAUUUUAUUUCAUUUCAAAAGUCAAAGUUUGUCUGAUCUAUUUUAUAGAUUGUAUAAUUCUCGUUCGUGUUCUUGUUAAGAUGUGAAUUGUUCGUAGUAAAAUUUAUGCUAUAUUUUAAAAAUAUGUAUAAUAAUUUUGGGCCAAGCCCAAGUUUUAGGCUUUUCCCCUGUCGUAUUUGGAACAACUUGUUUUUUUCUUGUGUUUAAAUGAUACAUUCUAUUCGAUUCAAUUAUAUAAUAUUCAAAUUACACGGCUGGAAAAUUGUAAAAAACUGUACUGUGAUAAAUAAUUUGUUGACUCGAUUUGAUAAUUGUAAUUAUGUUGGAUACAUGUACCUUUCUUAACACAUUUGUAUAUACAGUAACCAAAGAAAAUAAAUGAUGAAUAUUUUUUAA